AUGUCAGACGUUGAGACACCGGAGCAGUCUUUUUCGACUCCAACGCCUCAGCUCACUCCCAAGGCCAAGGGCCGCGGUAGGGGUCGGGGCAGGAAAGCUGUCGCGCCUAAGAAGGAGCCGCCCAAACCCGCGGCCACAGCCGGCACAGGUCGACGCGGCCGCUUCAAGCAGUUCUCAGACGACAAAGUCCAGGCGAAUUAUGAACGUCAACGCGAGCUCAAGGCACAGUACGCGGCUCUCGCCAAUGCCGUGAAGCCUGCGCUACAGGACCUGGCUUCGCGCUCCAUCGACACACUCACGAAUGACAAGAACUACCACACAAAGGUGCCGGAAUUCAAGGUCAUCGAGGACCACCUCGGCGGCCGCUUCGAACGAUCCCUCCUUUACUUGGAAAAUAAGCUGGCGACUGCCGCCAGAACAGUCUUCAAGUCCAAACAUGUUCAGAUCGGUGCCGUUCGCGAUAUUUACAAGAACGGAGUUGAAGAUGUGGAAGACAGAUUUUUAGAUGCGCAACUUCACCGCCUCAACCUUCUGGAAUACCUUCAUGACCACGGUCUUCCUGUCGACCUCGUCGACGCCGGCUGGAAUUACAAGCAAAUUUCGGACAAGGAAGCCGAAGAGUUCGGCAUAUAUGAAGUCUACGUUGACGGAAAACUCGUUCCCUAUCCUCAACUCGUCGAAGGCACCGAAGCCCACGCUCUUAGGCAGGCUACUUGGGCGGAGCCCCAGACGGCGAAGGAGACUCUUGCACCUCCCUCCGCGGCGGCGACUGGAGGACGAAUCAGCAAGCGCAAGGCCAACCAACAACCUGAUGGCCAGCCGGCUUCCAAGAGGUCUGCCGCCGAUGUCGCGCCUGUCCGCCACAUUGCCGGUAUCAUGUCGGCUCAGCAUGCUCCCAUCGAAGACGAGUCAAAUGAGAGCACACCAGCCCCCGAAGGUCCUUUAACCGCUGACCAAAGAGAACCCGCCUUGCCGGCAAAGGCAUCAGAGCCGGAUGAAUUCGGGUGCAGACAAGUCAACCGGCCGACAGCCAAGAACGGUGCGAGCAUCGCGAAUCGCCUCAUUGUCCCCCCAUCAUUCCAGUUCGACGACGACGAGAUUGGAUUCCGUGACUCUACCAACUCCCCUAGGCAUGGAGCCACGCUCGCCAAGCGCGGGAAGUAUCUUGGAAAACCGAACUCAAACACCUGGCAUUUCGAUCCUCUCCUUGCUCGUUGGGAUGCCAGAGAUCUUGAAGAAGAAGACUACGACUUAGAGCUCGUACAGAAGCACGGCACUCACCCGCGACUGGGUUGCUUUCUGCCCACGAGCAGAAAUGACGCAGAGCCUCCAAAGACGGAAGCAGAGCCAUUGCAUCCUACUGUUUUCCUGACUCCAUCUGGCAAGACCAUCCAUGCCUCUCGUAUCGUGCCCAUUGCAAAGGUCGAUAUUGCGCUCGCCGACAAACCAUACUCGGAAAGAAUGAGUGUAAUUCUCUCUUCCAUCUGUGAGAAGGAAGACAUCUCUCCCGAGGACAUCGAGGGGCCUGAGCUCAGGGCUCUAAAGGAAAUCCAGGCAGAAUACGCCGAGCAGCGACUCAUCGCCGAGUCAAUCAAGGAAUCCGAGCCCGCGAGUCUUGAGGACACGCCUGCCACUUCGCCUCUCCCUAUGAAUGAUUCUGCCCUGAACAUUGCCGGUCUAGACGAGCUGAUCAUGGCUGCCGAAGCCGUCGAAGCUGAGGUCAAGGUUGUUGAAUCUGUCGAAGAAAAGCCGGUGAUUCUACCCGCUCCGACCCCCGUCAGACCUGCCACUCGUGCUUACGACGCUAUUCGCGACAUCUUUGGAGCGUCCGAAUCAGCUACCGUCGAGCCCCCAGCUCCCGUCGUGGUGCCGGAGCCUAUCGACACCACUGCGCUCGCAAUCCUCGCUGACGCAUCUACUUCUUCGUAUUCCACUCAGCCCGUUGACAUUGUCAUGGUUGAUGCUGCUGUCAGCCAACCCAUCCCAGUCGAUGGUCCUCCUCCUCAUCAUCAUCAUCACAUCGACUCGGGCUACGUAGUCCAGCCCAUUCCCGCUGAAUUCCGCAUCCAAGCCCCGCCUUCAAACGACAGUGUCGGCUGGGUCGAACCCCGAAUCUCUUCACCAGGUGCAGACAGUCGAAUUCAUCCGUCUAUCGAGACAUCGUCGAUGAGAGAUCCGUACUCGAAUCAAUUACCCCCCGCUCGCCCAGUCGAGAUGUCUCAAAUGAGGUCCUCCAUCGACGCCACCAAUGAUACCCGCCGGCACUCCAUGUACCACGAGCACAAUGCUCCGUCGGCCUUUAACGAGCAACACUUGCCUCAUCCUCACAAUCAGCAGCACCUUCCACAAGCAGACCCUAUGAUCGACCCGCGUCUUUACUCUGCACCAAUGGAUGCGUCAGCCGCACACCAUGAAUAUCAACAACAGGCUUACGGUCAGACCCAGCAGGGCUACCAAUUGCCGAGCAUGCCAAUGCAAGGAGGACCGAUAGCACAAGCCUCUCCUCAACUACAACAAUCUGGCUCUACGUCCCGUAUGCCAUUUACGAACCCCUCUCAGGACAGGAGCUCGCCGCUUCCACCCUUGCGACCGUCUCGUGGCCGCAAGAGUGCUCCUGCUGCACCAGAGCAAAGUAUUCCGCUUGAAUCACACCAAAUUCAGCAGCAGCCGCCGCCGCCGCUGCCGCCGUAUAUGAACACCAACAGCGGCUCGUUCUACCCUCCCGGUCCACACAGGCCAUAUCACAACGGAUACACCCAGGAGCAACCUGGUUUGCCGCCCAUGAUGAACCAGUACCCACCAUAUCCAGGCUCGCAACCCCCGCCGCCACCUCUGCAGCAGCAACAGCAGCAGCCGCCUUAUGGGCACCCAGGCAUGUCCCCCACUUACUCGUCCAUCGCCCCGGCACAAAGCCCUCCGAAUCUUCAGUUUGUUCCCCAGCAGCCCAACGAGACGUCGAGGAGCCGGGCCGGAAGUGGUUCAUCCACUCCUAGUGCACAGAGUAACAGCAAAUACCCCAAGCUGGCGCCCGCUCCCCUGCCUGCUCACAGAGUAGGCUGGCCUCAAGGCCCGGAGCUGCGAACCGUUCAGUAUGACUACAAAGAGAACAUUAAGGAUUAUGCGCCUACGGAGCCGCCCCCGCGCCGUGGCCCUGUCCAGAUUCGGGGCUGGAACAUAAACAAUAAUAGGAUUCAGCGCCAGAAGACAGAUGAGAACGGCGACGAGCGACGCGGAUCCCGCUAG